UGAGUUUCUUGAAGUUGCUAGGCAUGGGAUGCAUGUAGCCAUCCGAUGUGGCUUAGUCGGUCGAAGUAUCCACUCAGACGCAUCCAUCUGGAUUUGCCACUCGCUAUUGCUGUAUAUUACGCCGCUUUCAUUUCUCCUUUCGCCUUGAAGCGCUUAAUCGAUUGACCAGCAUGGACUUCCUCAACAAAUUCUCUGGCGGCGAUUCCAGCCACAAGGACAAGAGCAAGAAGAGCGACUCGAUCUUCAACAAGGCCAUGGACGCCGCUGAGAAGUACCACGCCAAAGAGAAGGCUUCCGAGUUCGCGCAGAAGCGUGUGGCCAAGCGAGAGACCGAGAAACACCAACCUGGGUACGUCGCGAAGGACAAGUCGACAGUCGACAAGGCCGUGGAAGCCGCUGAAGACUUCCUUGCCAAGCAGGGACAGCCCAAGGCCCAGCACACCGAACACAAGAAAGACAAUCAGAUGGACGAUCUGUUCGGCAAGGCCAAGGGAUUUCUCUCCAAGAAACACUAGAACAAGACAGUUACGGGUUAACAGCCUAUUCAAAACAUGUACUUUGAACCAACAGGAUAUUGUUUCAUGUCUU